GUGCUGUGGACAUCAAGCUAGUGUACAACAGACUCAAGCAUCCUGUGUCAAUAUUAUCUUUUUCUUUUUUCUUCUUAAUAGGGGGUCAGCUUUGGUGUACAACUACGAAGGCCAUCUCUGAGGGUGAAGAGCUAAUUGCCUUUGUGGUGGAUUUUGACUCAAGGCUACAAGCUGCCAGUCAGCUGACUCUCACAGAAGGGAUGUACCCUGCACGCCUGCUGGACUCAAUUCAGCUGCUUCCUCAGCAAGCUGCCAUGGCUUCUAUUUUGCCCACAGCUAUUGUCAAUAAGGAUAUAUUCCCUUGCAAGUCCUGUGGCAUCUGGUAUCGGAGUGAGCGGAAUCUGCAGGCCCAUUUGAUGUACUACUGCAGUGGGAGGCAAAGAGAAGCUGCUCCAGUGUCAGAGGAAAAUGAAGACAGUGCCCAUCAGAUUUCCAGCCUGUGCCCCUUCCCACAGUGCACCAAGAGCUUUUCAAAUGCUCGAGCUCUAGAAAUGCACCUGAAUUCACACAGUGGAGUGAAAAUGGAAGAAUUUCUGCCCCCUGGUGCUAGUCUAAAAUGCACCGUCUGUAGCUACACUGCUGAUUCUGUGAUCAACUUUCACCAACACCUGUUCUCCCAUCUCACUCAAGCUGCCUUCCGAUGUAAUCACUGCCAUUUCGGCUUCCAGACUCAGAGGGACUUAUUGCAGCACCAGGAGCUCCAUGUCCCUAGCGGCAAACUUCCCAGAGAAAGUGACAUGGAACACUCUCCAAGUGGAACCGAAGACAGCUUACAGCCAGCCACAGACUUACUGACCAGAAGCGAACUUCCCCAGAGCCAAAAGGCCAUGCAGACUAAAGAUGCGAGCUCUGACACAGAGCUGGACAAGUGUGAGAAAAAGACUCAGCUCUUUCUCACAAACCAGAGACCAGAGAUACAGCCUACAACAAAUAAACAAAGCUUUUCUUACACAAAAAUAAAGUCUGAGCCCUCUAGCCCAAGACUUGCCUCAUCUCCAGUUCAGCCUAAUAUUGGGCCUUCUUUCCCUGUGGGCCCUUUCCUAUCUCAGUUUUCUUUCCCCCAAGAUAUCACCAUGGUCCCUCAAGCGUCAGAGAUCUUAGCCAAGAUGUCUGAACUGGUGCAUCGGCGACUGAGGCAUGGCAGUAGUAGCUACCCUCCUGUCAUCUACAGCCCCUUGAUGCCCAAGGGGGCUACUUGUUUUGAGUGUAACAUAACAUUCAAUAAUUUGGAUAAUUAUCUAGUGCACAAAAAGCAUUAUUGCAGCAGCCGAUGGCAGCAGAUGGCUAAGUCCCCAGAGUUCCCUAGUGUGUCAGAAAAGAUGCCUGAAGCUUUGAGUCCCAACACCGGCCAAACCUCCAUAAACCUUCUCAACCCAGCUGCUCAUUCUGCUGAUCCAGAGAAUCCGCUUCUUCAAACAUCUUGCAUCAAUUCUUCCACUGUCUUAGAUUUAAUUGGGCCAAAUGGGAAGGGCCAUGACAAGGACUUUUCCACUCAAACUAAGAAGCUCUCCACCUCCAUUAACAAUGAUGACAAAAUUAAUGGAAAACCUGUUGAUGUGAAAAAUCCCAGUGUCCCCUUAGUGGAUGGGGAAAGUGACCCAAAUAAGACUACCUGUGAAGCUUGCAACAUUACCUUCAGCCGGCACGAAACAUACAUGGUCCACAAACAGUAUUACUGUGCUACUCGCCACGACCCUCCACUAAAGAGGUCUGCUUCCAACAAAGUGCCUGCCAUGCAGAGAACCAUGCGCACACGCAAGCGCAGAAAGAUGUAUGAGAUGUGCCUACCUGAGCAGGAACAAAGGCCUCCACUGGUUCAGCAGAGAUUUCUUGACGUAGCCAACCUCAGUAAUCCUUGUACCUCCACUCAAGAACCCACAGAAGGGCUAGGAGAGUGCUACCACCCAAGAUGUGAUAUCUUUCCAGGAAUUGUCUCUAAGCACUUGGAAACUUCCCUGACGAUCAACAAAUGUGUUCCAGUUUCCAAAUGUGACACUACUCAUUCCAGUGUUUCCUGCCUAGAGAUGGACGUGCCCAUAGAUCUCAGCAAAAAGUGUUUAUCUCAGUCUGAGCGGACGACCACGUCUCCCAAAAGGCUGCUGGACUAUCACGAGUGCACUGUGUGCAAGAUCAGUUUCAAUAAGGUAGAAAACUAUCUGGCCCACAAGCAGAAUUUCUGCCCAGUUACUGCACAUCAGCGUAAUGACCUGGGUCAACUGGACGGCAAAGUGUUUCCAAAUCCAGAAAGCGAACGAAACAGCCCUGAUGUUAGCUACGAAAGAAGCAUAAUAAAAUGUGAGAAAAACGGGAAUUUGAAGCAGCCUUCCCCCAAUGGAAACCUAUUUUCAUCCCACCUCGCAACCCUGCAAGGCUUGAAGGUCUUUAGUGAAGCCGCUCAGCUCAUUGCUACAAAAGAAGAAAACAGACAUUUGUUUCUUCCACAAUGCCUUUACCCUGGAGCAAUAAAGAAAGCAAAAGGAGCCGACCAGCUUUCUCCAUAUUAUGGAAUCAAGCCAAGUGAUUAUAUUUCUGGUUCUCUUGUCAUCCAUAACACUGACAUCGAGCAAAGCACAAAUGCAGAAAAUGAAUCUCCUAAAGGCCAGGCUUCCUCAAAUGGGUGCGCUGUGCUGAAGAAAGAUUCUCUACCAUUGUUGCCCAAAAAUCGAGGAAUGGUAAUAGUGAACGGUGGACUGAAACAAGAUGAGAGACCUGCUGCCAACUCACAGCAAGAGAACAUUUCCCAGAAUCCUCAGCAUGAAGACGACCACAAAUCUCCCUCAUGGAUCUCUGAGAACCCAUUAGCUGCCAAUGAGAAUGUCUCACCAGGAAUUCCCUCAGCAGAGGAACAGUUGUCUAGUAUAGCAAAAGGUGUGAAUGGUUCCACCCAGGCUCCAACCAGUGGGAAAUAUUGCCGGCUGUGUGAUAUCCAGUUCAACAACCUUUCAAACUUUAUAACUCACAAGAAGUUUUAUUGCUCAUCACAUGCAGCGGAACAUGUCAAAUGAACUAACUGAAUAAACAUCAGUCACCUCUGGUAUCAGUGUUUAGUAUGUUGUUCUAACCAGUCCAGAAAAAAAAAAAAAUAGCUAUUUGAAUUACAUCUGGGCAAUCAGGAGAUAAUUCAUUAUGGCUGAGUUGAAGACUUGAGGUGUAAUUUCAUUACAGUCCAUUAGUAAAGUGUAUUAUUGGUGCCAUUUUCAAAAAAAAAUUAAUUUAUUUUACCAGCAGUAUUCAUAGCUGUGGUUAUGUUAUUUUUUAUUUAAAAACUUUAUAUUAAAGUCAUUUGUAAUGUUAUUGUAUAGUUAUUGUGUAGCACAUAUGGUUUGCACUGUAUAGUAGCUUUUAAAGAAAAUAGUCACAAACAAUACAGAAAAUCAUUUUAGAAAUAGCUUCAAAAGCACUUGUGUAUCUUGAUUUUUUCUUAUAUGCUGUUGCAGAUAUAUGUAUAUGCUAAAAUAUAACUUGCAAAGAUGUUCUAAAUACACAUGCUAUAAGUUCGCCUUAAGAUUUCAAUUCUUGGAUAAUCAGGCUCCGUUUGCACUUUAUAUUUUAGCAGAUACAGUCUCUUAGUCACUAGGCUUUGCAUUUGUAUGUAGCUGUAUGUUUCUGUCCAUUUUCUUAAUCCUAAACCUGUAUGUUAAAUGAAGAUGGCAAUUUUUUUCUUGUAUAGUACUUGGAUUUUCUUUCGCUGAUGCAGCUCUGUCUCAAUUUUUAAACCUUUGCUGUUAAAUGCAAUACUUUAUAAAGAAUGAACAAAAUUACUGGAAGCAGUAUUGUAAGUAAUGAGGUAGUAUUAAUCAGUUUUAUCUUUUGAAAGGCACAGUCUAAAUCGAAACCCUAAACUCAAUGCUGCAAGUAUGAAUUUAAUUCAUAUAUAAGAUCUAUUUAAAUAUAAGAGUAGCAAUACUGCACCUGGUGAUCGCAAAGAUAAUGUUCUACUUCUGAUAGAAAUAAUUUCUCAACAAAUGUUGUUACUAUGCAUGUAUAUGGAUGGAAUAAAAUUCCAGAUUGUUGGAG